AUAUUAAUUGCAAUUUCAAUUAUUGAAGUCAAUUCCGAACCACCAAGAUUUCGUUCUUCUUUUCGUGUAAGAAAUUCAAGAUUAAGAUUUGCUAAACAAGAACUUCCACCACCACCUGAAGAACCUACUCCCGAGGAACCAGCACCAUCGGCCGCUCCGAGUGGACCAUAUCCACCAUCCGGUUGGAAACCAAGUGGUCGUGCAUUUCCCCUACCAACUGAAAAAGAAGCUGAACCAGAUAAUACAUAUGGACCUCCAGAAAGAACAACAGUCCCUCCAGAUACAACCUAUGGUCCACCAGAUAAUACAUAUGGUCCACCAGAUAAUACAUAUGGUCCACCACAAGAAAUGACAACAGAACAAGCAAGUGCUCCUUAUCCUCCAUCACAACCACCAAGUGGGCCAUAUCCGCCUUCUGGAUGGAAACCAAGUGGUCGUGCAUUUCCCCUACCAACUGAAAAAGAAGCUGAACCAGAUCAAACAUAUGGAGCACCAGAUAAUAAAUAUGGUCCACCAGAGAAUACUUAUGGACCACCGGAAUCAGAAUCAACUUCAACAACAAUACCGGAUACUGAAGAUGAUACCGUAAUUGUGGAUGCACCAAUUGAAGGACAACCCGAAGCAUUCUUUUAUAUUCGUUUACCAAAUGGAACAAUACAAAAAGUAUCGUUCUCACCGACGAAAACUGUAGAACAAUUUAAAUCUGCAAGAUUACGACAAAAUUCAAGAUUCAAUGAAUUUGUGUAUAUUGAUGAUGAUGAUCAAAAUGAUGAUAAUAAUAAUGUUAUGGUGGGUACAUCAGGUUGA